AGAACAGUCUCUCUCUCUCUCUCUCUCUCUCUGCAUUAUUACUAUCUCUCAUCUUCGUCGCUGCUUUGAUUUCGCUUCUCUUCUACGAAAUCCAUUUCUGCAUCUUCUCCCUCCCCCCUCUCUCUCUCUGCGUGAUAAGGUCAUCUCUCUCUCUCUCUCUCUCUCUCUGCAUUUGCUGCGUCUUGCAUUGAUAGCCAUUGCCGCUUUCACGGCAUCUAAGGGAGUAUUGAUGCUUUGACUCGGUCUGAGAGGUAGAUCUGGAGAGGGGGCGAGGAGCUCUGUUGAUUCUCUUUUGACUCGGAAGUCUUGAAGUGGAGUGGAGUGAAGUGAAGCGAAGCAAAGCUGGCGGCAACACUGGCUUGGAGGUUCGCUGCCAGCAAUGGCAGCGGCCAUGUCGCUAGUGAUCUGGAAAGAAAUGGAGAUGGAAAACUUCAUGAUUCAGAGCCCCCUACUCCACAUUCUGUAAUUAAGAUGGGCUUGAGAGACCGUUCAAGUAGCAUGGAGGAUCCUGAUGGGACUAUAGCAAGUGUAGCACAAUGCAUUGAGCAGUUGCGGCAGACUUCAUCUUCUGCUCAAGAGAAAGAGCAUUCAUUGAGACAACUGCUGGAUCUUAUUGAUACGCGUGAAAAUGCCUUCAGUGCUGUUGCAUCCCAUUCUCAGGCUGUUCCAGUGCUUGUUUCCCUGCUCCGUUCUGGAUCAGUGGGAGUGAAGAUACAGGCAGCAACAGUUUUGGGGUCUCUGUGUAAGGAAAAUGAUCUACGUGUCAAAGUUCUGUUGGGAGGAUGCAUCCCUCCAUUGCUUGGACUCCUUAAGUCUAGCUCUGCAGAAGGUCAAACUGCAGCUGCAAAGACCAUUUAUGCCGUCUCGCAAGGUGGUGCUAAAGAUCAUGUUGGAUCAAAGAUCUUUUCCACCGAAGGUGUUGUCCCUGUUUUGUGGGAGCAACUAUCAAAGGGGCUCAAGGCUGGAAACUUAGUUGACAGCCUGUUGACUGGAGCUUUAAGGAGCCUUUCCAGCAGUACUGAGGGAUUCUGGCCUGCAACCAUACAGGCUGGUGGGGUGGAUAUCCUUGUAAAGUUGCUUACGAGCGGACAAUCAAGCACUCAAGCCAAUGUCUGCUUUCUUCUUGCAUCCAUGAUGAUUGAAGAUGCAUCUGUCUGUCCAAAGGUGUUGGCUGCAGAUACAACUAAAUAUCUCCUCAAAUUGUUGGGGCCGGGAAAUGAAGCUCCCGUAAGAGCAGAAGCAGCUAAUGCCCUUAAAUCUCUUUCUGCACAAUGCAAAGAAGCAAGACAAAAGAUUGCAAGCUCUAAUGGAAUUCCUGAUCUGAUAAAUGCUACAAUAGCUCCUUCAAAAGAAUUUAUGCAGGGUGAAUAUGCUCAGGCAUUGCAGGAGAAUGCAAUGUGUGCCCUCGCAAACAUCUCUGGUGGCUUGUCAUAUGUCAUCUCAAGCCUUGGGCAGAGUCUGGAAUCGUGCAAUUCACCGGCGCAGGUUGCUGACAUCUUAGGAGCUUUAGCUUCAGCCCUCAUGAUAUACGACAGCAAAGCAGAAUCUAUGCGUGCCUCAGAUCCUGUGGCUGUUGAGCAAACGCUAAUUAACCAGUUUAAACCUCGCCUACCAUUUCUUGUACAGGAGCGUACGAUCGAAGCCCUUGCCAGUUUGUAUAGCAACACUGUGCUCUCACCUAAACUUCGAAAUUCUGAUGCAAAGCGGUUGCUUGUUGGUUUGAUCACAAUGGCGGCAAAUGAAGUUCAGGAUGAGCUUAUAAGAGCUCUUCUCACACUUUGCAACAAUGAAGGCAGUCUAUGGCGUGCUCUUCAGGGUCGUGAAGGUGUGCAAUUGCUGAUCUCUCUCCUUGGGCUGUCGUCAGAGCAGCAGCAAGAAUGUGUGGUUGCUCUCUUAUGUCUUUUGUCCAAUGAGAAUGACGAAAGUAAAUGGGCGAUCACAGCUGCUGGUGGAAUUCCUCCGCUUGUUCAAAUUCUAGAGAUAGGAUCAGUAAAAGCCAAAGAAGAUUCGGCUUUGAUUCUGAGAAAUCUUUGUAAUCACAGUGAAGAUAUACGUGCAUGUGUUGAAAGUGCUGAUGCUGUUCCUGCUUUGCUUUGGCUACUGAAAAAUGGAAGUGCAAAUGGGAAAGAAAUUGCUGCGAAGACACUGAACCAUCUCAUUCAUAAAUCUGAUACUGCAACUAUAAGCCAGCUCACAGCUUUAUUGACGAGUGAGCUACCGGAAUCUAAGGUUUAUGUCUUGGAUGCUCUGAGAAGCAUGCUUUCUGUGGCUCCUCUCAGUGAUAUCUUACGGGAAGGUAGCGCAGCGAAUGACGCCAUUGAGACAAUGAUAAAGAUUCUCAGCUCUACUAAAGAGGAAACCCAAGCUAAGUCAGCAUCUGCCCUAGCUGGAAUUUUCAAUCACAGAAAAGACUUGCGGGAGAGUAAUAUUGCUGUGAAAGCUCUAUGGCCUGUCUUGAAAUUGUUGAAUGUCGAAGUGGAGAACAUCUUGGUGGAGUCCUCGCGUUGCCUGGCUGCAAUUUUUCUUUCAAUUAAGGUGAACAAGGAUGUCACUGCAAUUGCAAAGGAUGCAUUAGCCCCCUUGGUUGCACUAGCAAACUCUUCAAACCUAGAGGUUGCGGAGCAGGCAACAUGUGCUUUGGCAAAUCUUAUCUUAGAUAGUGAAGUAUCAGAGAAAGCUGUGGCUGAAGAAGUUAUUUUGCCUGCCACCAGGGUUUUGCGUGAAGGCACGGUUGCUGGAAAGACUCAUGCAGCAGCUGCAAUUGCCCGGUUGCUCAAAUCUAGGAAAAUCGACUCUCCCUUGACUGAUUAUGUGAAUCGUUCCGGAACAGUUCUUGCAUUGGUUUCUCUCCUUGAAUCUGCUGGUAAUGAUCGAGUUGCUGUGUCAGAGGCACUUGAUGCACUUUCUAUCCUUUCGAGGUCAGGAGCCAGCGGGCAUGUAAAGCCUGCAUGGGCAGUUUUAUCUGAAGUUCCGAAAAGCAUAGCGCCAAUAGUUUUGUCAAUUCCUGAUGCAGAACACUCGCUGCAGGACAAAGCUAUCGAGAUAUUAUCUCGGCUUUGCCACGAUCAGUCUCUUGUUUUAGGAGAUUCAAUUGCCGGCUCCUCUGGAUGCAUCACAUCAGUUGCUACAAGAAUAAUAAAUUCCACAAACCCUAAAGUCAAAAUUGGGGGAACUGCAUUGCUUGUUUGUGCUGCAAAAGUCAAUUACCAGAGAAUAGUGGAGGAUCUUAAUCAGUCCAGUUCCUGUGCUUUUCUCAUUGAGUCUCUCGUUACCAUUAUCAGUUCUGCAGAGGUAAACCAGGGCAUUGAUGGCAAAGAAUCCAUAAGUAUUUGCAGGCGCAAUGUGGAAGAAGCAGAGAACGACGAAUCAAAUAAAAGCAUCACAACAGUAAUAUCUGGUGCCAACCUAGCAAUAUGGUUGUUGUCUGUUCUUGCCAGUCGUGACGAAAAGAUUAGGAUCGUAAUCAUGGAAGCUGGUGCUGUUGAAGUCCUCACAGAUAAAAUCUCACAUUAUUCCUCUCAGUAUGCUCAGAUUGAUUACAAGGAGGAUACCAGUAUAUGGAUCAGUGCUUUGCUUCUGGCAAUUCUAUUUCAAGAUAGAGAUAUCAUAAGAGCAAAUGCCACCAUGAAAGCUAUACCGGUGCUGGCGAAUUUGUUGAAGGCAGAGGAGUCGGCAAAUAGAUAUUUUGCUGCACAAGCAAUGGCCAGCCUAGUCUGCAAUGGCAGCAGGGGAACCUUACUUUCUGUAGCAAAUUCUGGCGCUGCAAGUGGGCUCAUUAUGUUGCUUGGCUGUGCUGAUGAUGAUAUAUCACAUCUCUUGGAAUUGUCAGGAGAGUUCGCUCUGGUCCACUACCCAGAACAAGUUGCGCUUGAGAGAUUGUUCCGGGUUGAAGACAUAAGGGUGGGUGCCACUUCUCGAAAAGCAAUACCAGCUCUUGUUGAUCUGCUCAAACCAAUUCCAGAUCGACCAGGUGCACCUUUCCUUGCGCUUGGGCUUCUGACUCAGCUUGCAAAAGACUGCCCCUCCAACAAAAUCUCAAUGGUUGAGGCAGGUGCUCUGGAAGCCUUGACCAAGUAUCUUUCACUUGGGCCACAGGAUGCUACUGAAGAAGCUGCUACCGAUCUCCUAGGGAUCCUAUUUUGCACCCCUGAAAUACGGAAACAUGAAUCUGCAUUGGGUGCAGUGGGUCAACUGGUAGCAGUGUUACGUCUUGGAGGGAGAGGUGCUCGUUAUAGUGCUGCUAAGGCUCUGGAGAGCCUCUUUUCUGCUGAUCAUAUCCGGAAUGCAGAAAUGACUCGACAAGCGGUUCAACCCUUAGUGGAGAUUCUCAGCACUGGUAUGGAAAGGGAACAGCAUGCAGCUAUAGCUGCCUUGGUCAGACUGUUGAGUGAGAACCCAUCAAGAGCUCUUGCUGUUGCUGAUGUGGAGAUGAAUGCCGUGGAAGUUCUCUGCAAGAUUCUUUCUUCGAACUGCUCUAUGGAUUUGAAGGGUGAUGCAGCUGAGUUAUGCUGCGUAUUAUUUGGAAAUGUUCGAAUCAGGUCCACGAUGGCUGCAGCUCGCUGCGUCGAGCCUUUGGUCUCCCUCCUUGUCACUGAAUUCAGUCCUGCACACCAGUCGGUUGUCCGAGCGUUGGAGAAACUCGUUGAAGAUGAGCAGCUGGCGGAACUGGUAGCUGCACAUGGUGCAGUUGUUCCUCUCGUUGGCCUUCUAUACGGUAGAAACUACUUGCUUCAUGAAGCAAUCUCUCGAGCACUUGUAAAGUUGGGGAAAGACAGACCUGCUUGUAAGAUGGAGAUGGUGAAGGCUGGUGUAAUUGAGAGCAUCCUUGAGAUCCUGCACGAAGCUCCAGACUUUCUCUGCACAGCUUUUGCGGAACUUCUCCGCAUACUGACCAACAAUGCAGGCAUUGCUAAGGGACCCUCUGCUGCAAAAGUGGUGGGGCCCCUUUUCCAGCUGCUCCCAAGACUCGAAUUUGGUCCUGAUGGUCAGCACAGCACGUUGCAGGUCCUUGUGAAUAUCUUGGAGCAUGCCCAAUGCCGGGCUGACUAUGCUUUGACUUCUCACCUGGCUAUAGAACCUCUAAUCCCUUUGCUCGAUUCUCCUGUGCCGGCUGUUCAACAGCUGGCUGCUGAGCUGCUAUCGCACCUUCUCAUGGAAGAGCAUCUACAGAAGGAUCCGGUUAUGCAUCAAGUGAUUGGUCCCCUCGUUCGGGUCCUUGCAUCUGGCAUUCAUAUGCUGCAGCAGAGAGCCGUGAAGGCUCUGGAAAGCCUAGCAGUGAUGUGGCCCAAUGAGAUUGCUAAAGAGGGUGGAGUUUCAGAGCUAUCUAAAGUGAUACUGCAGACUGAUCCUCUGCUUCCCCAUGCUCUGUGGGAAUCUGCAGCAUCUGUUUUAACCCGUAUCUUGCAGUUCAGUUCGGAAUUUUACCUGGAGGUUCCUGUUGCUGUGUUAGUCAGAUUGCUCCAUUCAGGCUUAGAAGGCACAGUAACCGGUGCAUUGAAUGCUCUUCUGGUCCUGGAGAGCGAUGAUUCGACUAGUGCUGAAGCCAUGGCGGAGAGUGGUGCCAUAGAGGCCCUUUUGGAACUAAUUGGGUCUCACCAAAAUGAGGAAAUAGCAACAAGGUUGCUUGAAGUUUUGCUCAACAACGUGAAGAUCAGGGAAUCAAAGGCUACGAAAUCUGCAAUCUUACCCUUAUCCCAGUACCUCCUCGAUCCACAAACUCAAAAUCAGCAGGCGAGAUUACUUGCUACUCUUGCACUUGGAGAUAUAUUCCAGAAUGAGGGUCUUGCUCGAAGUGCAGAUGCUGUGUCAGCUUGUCGGGCAUUAGUCAACGUGCUUGAAGAGCAACCUACUGAAGAGAUGAAGGUGGUCGCAAUAUGUGCUUUACAGAACCUAGUGAUGUACAGCAGAUCAAAUAAAAGAGCUGUUGCAGAGGCUGGUGGCGUUCAAGUUGUCUUGGAUCUGAUUGGUUCGAGUGAUCCAGAUACCUCUGUUCAGGCAGCGAUGUUUGUUAAGCUCCUAUUCUCCAAUCAUACCAUUCAAGAGUAUGCAUCUAGUGAAACAGUCAGAACUAUAACUUCUGCCAUUGAGAAGGACCUAUGGGCCACUGGAACUGUUCACGAGGAGUAUCUGAAAGCCUUAAAUGCACUCUUCGCCAACUUCCCUCGUCUACGAGCUUCUGACCCUGCAACGCUCAGUAUCGCUCACUUAGUCACGGCUCUCAAGACAGGGUCUGAGGCCACCCAAGAGGCCGCCUUGGAUGCGCUUUUUCUGCUGAGGCAAGCUUGGACAGCUUGCGGUCCUGAAAUUUCUAAAGCCCAGGCUAUUGCUGCUUCAGAAGCAAUUCCUUUACUGCAGUACUUGAUCCAGUCAGGCCCACCUAGGUUCCAGGAGAAGGCGGAAUUCCUUUUACAGUGUUUGCCCGGUACCUUGGUCGUGAUCAUCAAGCACGGGAACAACAUGAAGCAAUCUGUGGGUAACCCUAGCGUCUACUGCAAGCUCACGCUCGGCAACAACCCACCAAGGCAAACUAAGGUUGUUUCGACCGGCCCCAACCCGGAGUGGGAUGAGAGCUUCUCGUGGUCCUUUGAAAGUCCUCCAAAGGGCCAAAAGCUUCACAUCUCCUGCAAGAAUAAAAGCAAAAUGGGGAAGAGUUCAUUCGGAAAAGUGACAAUUCAGAUCGAUCGGGUCGUAAUGCUCGGAGCUGUCGCUGGAGAGUACACCUUACUGCCCGAGAGCAAGAGCGGGCCCUCAAGGAACUUGGAGAUCGAGUUCCAGUGGUCCAAUAAAUGAGUGAAAAUCUACACUGCAUACACCAAACAGUUCUCUGUCAAGGUAAAACUGAUUCUUGGGAGGGAGGGAGAGGGAGGAGGAGAGAAUUGCUCAAGAAAGGAAUUCCUUUUUUUUUUUUUCCUUAAUAAUUUUGGUUUGCUUCGAAUAUCUCUUUUUUUUUAAUAUAUAAAUAAUUAUUAUUUGUCGACUGUGUCAGUUGUGUAUAUACGCUGUUUCCUUUGCUUUGGAGGAUUUGAGCUUCGUUAGUGACUGUAUUUUCCUUCUUUGUAAAACAAUAGUCAGUCCAGUUACUCUCUAUUCUUUUGUAAGCAGCUGCUAUGUAUACAUAUAUUCUUUCUCUGGGGUGGAUACUAAACUGAAAACAAUGCAGUUGAAUUUGUAUUUCUCCCAUCAUGUAUGACAACUUCUUUCCUCCUUGGAUGCGAGAGCAA